CCCGUUUCUCGUGCCUUCGCUACUAUUAGCACGAUUACGUUUGUCGAUCACUACGGAAAGUACCGAUCAUUACCGAUAGCUAAAUUACAUUACUUCUACAUUUAUUCGUCAUUCUUACACUUAGAGAUGGCGUCUAGUAAGGUGAAGUCUCAGCAGGCUCCUCGGGCUGAGAGCUACCGAUAUGCUGUCACGCCAGGAGGCCAGGAGAAGAAGAAGGGGAAGAAGAAGGGUGAGGACCUCGAUGAACUUAAACAGGAAUUGGAUAUGGAUGAACAUAAAGUAGCCAUCGAGGAACUCUACCAAAGGUUAGGAACAGACCCAACUCGAGGUCUCAGUCCAGAACGGGCUAAAGAAAUUCUCUUGCGUGAUGGACCGAAUUGCCUUACCCCACCAAAAACUACGCCAGAAUGGGUCAAGUUUUGCAAAACACUAUUUGGUGGAUUUUCAAUGUUGCUGUGGAUUGGAGCUAUUUUAUGUUUUAUUGCCUAUGGUAUUCAAGCAGGGACUUAUGAUGAUCCACCCGGCGAUAAUUUAUACCUAGGUAUUGUGCUGACUGCUGUAGUAGUUGUCACAGGCAUAUUUUCCUACUACCAAGAGGCUAAAAGUUCUAGAAUUAUGGACUCCUUCAAAAACAUGGUGCCGCAAUAUGCUGUUGUUUUAAGAAAUGGAGAAAAGUUAAAUGUACAUGCUGAGGAUCUCGUAGUUGGAGACGUGGUAGAUGUGAAAUUUGGGGAUCGUGUUCCAGCUGAUAUUCGUGUUAUUAGUGCUCACAGUUUUAAGGUAGACAACUCAUCACUUACUGGAGAAUCUGAACCUCAGUCAAGGUCAGCUGAAUUCACUAACGAGAAUCCAUUAGAAACAAAGAAUUUAGCUUUCUUCUCAACCAACGCUGUAGAGGGUACCUGUUUAGGAUUGGUUAUUAAGACUGGUGACAAAACUGUGAUGGGCCGUAUUGCUAACUUGGCCUCUGGUUUGGAGGUCGGGGAAACUCCCAUUGCUAAAGAAAUUGCUCACUUCAUUCAUUUAAUUACUGGUGUGGCUGUGUUUCUUGGUGUGACCUUUUUCGUCAUUGCUUUCAUUCUCGGAUAUUUCUGGCUAGAUGCCGUCAUUUUCUUAAUUGGUAUCAUUGUAGCCAAUGUACCAGAAGGCUUGUUAGCAACUGUAACCGUAUGCCUCACUUUAACAGCUAAACGUAUGGCAAGGAAGAAUUGCUUAGUGAAAAACUUGGAAGCUGUGGAAACUCUUGGCUCCACUUCCACCAUUUGUUCAGAUAAAACCGGAACUCUUACACAAAACCGAAUGACUGUAGCUCACAUGUGGUAUGGUGGUAAAAUUGUUGAAGCUGAUACCAGUGAAGAUCAGUCAAAUGCAACUUACAAUAAAGACAAUGUUGACUGGAAAGCUCUCUCUAGAAUUGCCAUGUUAUGCAAUCGUGCUGAAUUUAAAGCUGGUCAAGAUGGUGUACCAGUCUUGAAAAGAGAAUGCAAUGGAGAUGCUUCUGAAUCGGCCCUUCUCAAAUGUGUAGAGUUAUCUAUUGGUGGUGUCGCUGAGUAUCGUAGACGUAACAAGAAAGUUGUAGAAAUUCCUUUCAAUUCUACAAAUAAAUAUCAGGUAUCUAUUCAUAAUAAUGAGGACCCCAAUGACCCUUGUUAUUUCCUGGUGAUGAAGGGUGCCCCAGAAAGAAUCAUGGAACGUUGUACAUUGGCUUUAGUCAAUGGAAAAGAAAUGUCAAUUGAUGAAAGUUUCAAGAAUGAUUUCAACACCGCCUAUAUGGAGCUUGGUGGUCUUGGAGAGCGUGUACUAGGUUUCUGUGAUUAUACUCUUCCAACGGAAUCAUUCCCUCCUGGAUUCCAGUUUGAUGGAGAUGAAGUUAACUUUCCUCUUACUGGCCUUCGAUUUGUUGGUUUGAUGUCUAUGAUAGAUCCACCCAGAGCUGCUGUACCUGAUGCUGUCGGAAAAUGCCGAAGUGCUGGUAUCAAAGUUAUCAUGGUCACUGGUGACCAUCCUAUUACUGCUAAGGCUAUUGCUAAAGGUGUUGGUAUUAUAUCAGAAGGAAGCAAAACAGUGGAAGAUCUCGCCGCAGAGCAAGGGGUUGCUGUAGAUCAAGUUAAUCCAAGAGAUGCAAAAGCAGCUGUCAUCCAUGGAAGUGACUUGAGAGACAUGACUCCGGCUCAAAUUGAUGAAAUCCUCCGCAAUCAUUCUGAAAUUGUUUUUGCCCGUACCUCCCCACAACAAAAACUGAUCAUUGUAGAAGGCUGCCAGCGUCAGGGUCAAAUUGUGGCAGUCACAGGGGAUGGUGUAAAUGAUUCUCCAGCUUUGAAGAAAGCUGAUAUUGGUGUUGCAAUGGGAAUUGCCGGCAGUGAUGUGAGCAAACAAGCUGCUGAUAUGAUCCUGCUAGAUGACAAUUUUGCCUCCAUUGUCACUGGUGUUGAAGAAGGUCGUUUGAUCUUUGAUAAUCUGAAAAAAUCAAUAGCAUACACCUUAACAUCGAACAUUCCUGAAAUCAGUCCCUUCUUAUUCUUUAUUCUCCUUGACAUUCCUCUACCUCUUGGAACAAUUACUAUCUUAUGUAUUGAUUUGGGCACUGACAUGGUGCCAGCUAUUUCUCUGGCCUAUGAACAAGCUGAAAGUGAUAUCAUGAAGCGACAACCUCGUGACCCAGUCAAUGACAAACUCGUCAAUGAAAGAUUGAUUAGUAUGGCCUAUGGUCAAAUUGGUAUGAUUCAAGCAUCUGCUGGAUUCUUUACUUACUUUGUCAUUAUGGCUGAAAAUGGCUUUUGGAUGUCUAGAUUACUAGGAAUCCGUAAAAACUGGGAUUCUAUGGGUGUCAAUGACUUAGAAGACUCAUACGGGCAAGAAUGGACCUAUAGCCAGAGGAAGAAACUUGAAUAUACUUGCCACACUGCUUUCUUUGUGUCCAUUGUUGUGGUACAAUGGGCUGAUCUCAUCAUUUGCAAAACCAGAAGACUUUCUCUAUUUCAACAGGGAAUGAAAAAUCACCGUUUAACAUUUGGUAUAUUUUUUGAGACUGUGUUAGCUGCCUUUCUGACUUACUGUCCAGGUCUUGAUCAGGGUCUGCGUAUGCAACCUCUCAGGCUUUCUUGGUGGUUCCCAGCCUUUCCUUAUAGUUUAACCAUCUUCAUUUAUGAUGAAUGCCGAAAAUUUAUUCUGCGACGUAAUCCUGGUGGCUGGGUUGAAAAUGAAACCUACUAUUGAGGAUUGUGCCAUAUUAGUCUAAAAUUUAAAUUUCAAAAGAAAAAAAAAAAGAACCAGAAUGCGGGGCUGUGCGGCACAAUUUUUUACAAUUAUUUCCUAAUUUUUUUUCCUUUUCCCUCCGUUCACAAAAACAUAUUCAAGAGAACUCUGAAUAUAUUGAGGAUAACUGUAAUUAUCUUCUGGUUCAUCGCGUGAGAGCAACAUGAGAGCCUAUGUACAUUGUAUGUCUGAGCAAACAGGGUGAGUGUCUGUGUGGAGAUCUACAAAGACCAGUAAUCCAGCAAAGACUCAUACUUGACCUAAUUCGUAGAAAAUACUAGCUUUUGGGAGAUGAGUAUUUAUUCUGGUGAUAAGCACAUAUUGUGUAGUGUCCUGAAACCCCACUGGUACACGAUGCACUGUCAGUCAGUCUGAGAAGCCUGGCCAUUUUAUAAUAAAACAAGCUUUGUUACAUUAGUUCAGAUAAUUUCUGUUGAACUAAUUCCAUCAAUACUGUGGUACCUUUGCUAGCAUGGAUUUUCAUUUUUAAUAUUAUCACUCAGAAAAAAAAACACCUAAUAAUAUGUCACUUAUACACUUUACAAGUUUACUACAAAUCCUGGAUGAAUAAUAAAAUUUUAAAAUACUUUUAAGUUGGAAAGUUUAAUUUGCUCCCACUUUAUCAACUGCAGUACUAAAAGGUGAAUAUUUGCAUGUAAUGGGUUAGCAUUUUCUUAGCUGUCUGACAGCCAGUUUGGACAAUAGUCCUUCAUCACUAACCCCUUCCUUAUCUCCUUUGGUUACUCAGGAGCCACUUUAUUAAUGUUUUUCUUUGUAGUCGCACUUAAGAUCAACUAGUUUUUAAGAAUUUUUCUUGUUUCUUUGGCUGAGAUUAUUCUCACCUGAACAAAAUGUUUUCCCCCUAAAAGUCAAUGGUUAUGCCUGGUACUUCAAUUUAUAAUCCAGGGUAUCAAUCUUUUUAAAGUAUGCAAGAUCUAAAAUGAAAAGUAUUUGGAUUUAAGAUCGCCUCAUGUCGGUGGCUUCAAAUUAUCAUCAGAAUGGUAGCACGGUUUUAUAUUGGAUGCCAACUCCUCCAGUUGACAGUGCCAUCUUGCUAGGUUGGGUGGGUGUAUAUGGUCAAUGUAGACAGUGUGUUGAUCAGUCUUUGGAUAGAAAUCUGCACAUGGACAAAAUAUUCUGGAUGCUAGUCUUAACAUCUUCAUUUGCAUGCUGCAAGAUACUAGUUAUGGGAAUGGCAAUCCAGUUUUUUUAUUUUUUGACAUUUAAAUGCUAUUUCUGUUAAAUCACUUUUAGAUAUUCCCAUUGACCAUUUUUUUCAAGCCACAGUAGCUAAAGUUAAUGUCUUAAAGGGUUUUGUUUCAAUUGUUUUUGUCCCAUCCUCCCGCUCUUUCUCACUCUCUUUCCCUCUGAUGCAGUUAGGGAAAGGGUCUAAAAGGCAGCCCUCUGCUUCUAUGUUUUUUUUUUUCUUUUUUCAUUUUUCUUUGUCGUUCCUCGACUGAGUUAGGGUGUACAUCCUGGCAAGCCUCUUAGUAUGUUACAGGUGAGGCAUACAAGCUUUCCGAAUCACUCAACAUUCCAGUCCCCUCAUCCCAGGCCAGCUAAUGUACAGGAAUCUAAGAGGCUUGGCGAGGUGACGGCUGACCUAGUGUUGUUGAACUCUCCAAAAUCCGUCUAUUCGUCAAACAAGAAAAAUGCAUACUACCAUAAAAUGGAGAAGAAAGGCAGAAAACUCUGGAAAGACUGUGUGUAUGUGUGUGUAUAUUGUUUUAUUUCUCCAGUAGAACUGUGUACAUAGAAACUCCAGCUAGCUGGAGUUUGCUUUACUAGACCAAAGGGACGACGGGCUAAUAACAAUACUAGCGGCCUUACUUCUGCAAGGAUAUUUCGUGCAGCACAGACAUGCCGUAUGCUAGUCUUAUCCAACAGAUGAGAAUUGUAAAACUGGAAAGCUGGUAGCAUAGCUUUCAAACGGUUGUUAAUGGUGUUAUGUAGGUGUAGAAAGUGGCAUCCAUUGGCUAGUUGAAGAAUUGCCUGUUUCUUGGUCAAUUUUAAGUGAAAUAAAACAUUUUACGUCAACUACUGCCUUCUGUAUGUUUAGUCAGUAUAUUCCUGCUGCCCUGCUCCUCCAUCUUUUUUCUUCCUUUCCAUCAAUCCCAUCUGAGUCGCUAACUUUCUGCUAUUUGUCAGCAUUCUAGUUGACCUUAAUUACAUUGACAUCGCCAGUUUUCAUCAACUUUCUCCUCCAUUUCUCCACCUUGUCCUGCUUCUGUUUUUUUCCAUUUUGUUUGUUUUUGUUUUGUUUUUUCCUUCAGACCAACAAUCCACUAUUUUAUUUCACCUGUCCUGAUGAAGGCUUCAUACUCAAGUUAGUGUCCUGUUGUUGAACAAUGACAUCAAUGGAUCCUACUAUCUACCCCAUAACUGUUACCCAUUUUCUAUGGAGCUUUAGCAAUUCAAGGAAUAUUACUUUCAAAACAUUUUAAAUUCCUUUUUAUAAUUUAUUUAAAAUAUUGUGGUGGAACAAUUGGAUUCCAGCAUUUUUUCAUUUUUUUUCUGUGGUUGGUCUCUUACAUAUAAUUUUUUUUUUCCAAAAGUGGGGGAAAAUGGUGUUGACUUUAUCUGCGGCAUCUAUUGUUUUGGUGAUAGGAAUUUUUUUAAGACACUUGAUAAGCAUUGCCACUUUUGACGUCUAACUUAAUCUGAAGCUUUGAAUAUUGUAACAUCCUUAGCUCUCUACUCUUAAAAAUUCUCUGCUUCUUGCCAAGAACUUUUAGCUGACUGUUGCCACUGUAGUGGGCUUAGUUCAAACCAAGCUUCCUUGUAACUUGAUUGCUUUGAAAAUCUUCUCCCAAAGGAGAAGUCCCAGACUAUUUUCCAGAAGCUUGGUGUUACGAUCACUUAGCAGUUGUAUUGAAGCAACUGGAGCUACAGUGUGCAUCUAAAGAACUGGCCAGACAGUAACUAAAUCUACUAAACCGUUUUUGUAGUUGGUGCCAUGUAGGAGUUGUUUCCAGUUUUUUCUUUUUUUUUUUAAUCUUACUCUUAAUUCAGUGAACCUGUACAGAAUACCAAGCACAAGUUGAAAGGAAAGAAAAUUGUUACUUGUUGGCUAUUUCAUUUUUGUUAAUUUACUGAAUCUCAAUAUAUCUUAAAAUUAUUGAGAUUUUGUUGUUUUCACAUAUAUAUAUAUAUAUAUAUAUACAUAUAUAUGUAUGUGUGUGUAUAUAUAUAUAUAUCAUGUAUUAUAUAUAUAUAUUUUUUUUUAAAACUGAACUCUCAACUUGCUGCUGUAAUGCUGCACCAUUUUUUAGUGCUUGUGAUCCUGCAAAUGUAUUAACAGUUGAAGGUAAAUAAAGAGUUUGAACUUUUUGCUUGUCUGUGCAGCUUUACUGAAUCUUUUCUAGUGGAAAACCUGGGUCAAAUACAUCGUCCAGCUUUUGCUAGUGGUGUGUCCUCUUCAAACCCUUCCCUCCCCAUCCCCACCUUUUUCACCUUCCCUAGCAGGCUACAAGUUGGUCUCUCUAGCUGUUUUAGUGAGACAUUAAGGCAGCUACUGUUUUCUCCUUGGCUACUCUGGCAGCCCAAUACUGCUACAGCUUUGUUCCACUGGCUUGAGGUUUAACCUAAUGUGUUAUCUCUCUCUCUCUCUCUUCCUUUCAUGGCCUUUGAGCUCUGGUCAGCUGCUUACAGAUGUUCAAUUGCCUGAAUUGGCCUCAACUCUUGCUGUUCACCUUUCAAAAUUGCUCUAUUUGUCCAGCUUCACUUCUACAUCACCAUUUUCUUUUUCUUUCUUUUUUUUUUCUUUUUAGAUCUGUAAGUAUCAAAAUACUUACAUUUCCGAAAUUCUUGCCUAGUUUUAUCCAUUUUUAAUUCCAUUCAAUAUGCAGGUAUUAAAUGUUUCUAGCAUUUUGAAUUUUUCUACCAUCUAGCAUGUCAACAGCUAAAGAGUCUCCCUUGGCCGCCCUCCCCAAUUAGAUUAUUCCUUGCAGACAUAGGCAAAGACCGAAACUGGAGGGGCAGGUACUGGGACUCUGACGUUUCUCCUACGUUGUAAGAAUGGAAUCGGUAGUAUGUGUGAAUGUAUGCAAGGCUCACCCUGCCAAAAAUAUGCUCGGUUAUAUCUUUGUAGUUCUUAAGAGUUUGAGUUUUUCAAACUCUUGUCAUAGACAGGGUUGAUUGGAUGCUGUUAGCCUGCUCCAAAUCACUGCUUUACUGCAGGGUAUUUCGUUUGUUUUCCAUUUUUAUUUUUACAUUUUUUAGUUUUUUUUUCUUUUUAAAUUUUUUUAUUACUCCAGUGCCCAAUGGAAGUAUUAGUUUGUUGCUCUCAACCUUACUUUGCUCCUUCUCUAGUAACCUUUCAUAGGAAAUAGUUUGUCAAGAAAAAAAAAAUCAGCUGAUAACACUGAUAAUAAUAACAUUUAACAAUAUUAGUUGACCCAACUUUUUCAAUGUUUUGAAAUUUUUAUAUAUGUGUAUAUAAUAUAUAUCAAAUAAAAUUUGACAUUUGAAAACAAA